AUGUCUAGUCAACCGAUAUCCAGACAUCGGAAGCAGCACUUUCCUCGUUUAGAACGUCGAAAAUUAAUUACUCCUCUAUCUCAGAAUCUCCCUCUCCAAGAAUAUGAUUCAGAUGAAGAUCCAGUUUAUAUUUCUAAACAUCCACGAAGUUCAUUAAUAUCCACUAGUCAUAAACCAUUCCGUCCAGUCAAAACAGAUUCAAAAGAUACCAAUGGAUCGUCUGGUCGUCCUGACAAACGUGCUAGAGAUGAACACAAUGAACAAGAACGUAGUCGUCGACGUGAACUUGCUGUUAUUUAUGAAUUGAUUCGAUGUAGUUUUUCAAAUGAUGAUUUACGAUAUCUUGGUCAUUGUAAUGGUCCUAAAUCAGUUGAUAAACUAUCAUAUCCACAAGUUUUACAAAUAGCCUACCAAUUAUUACGUGAAGAACAGCAUAAUUUGACUUUAUUUGAAAAAUCUUUAAAUGAUUUGAAAUUAAUUGAAAAAGAAUUUGUCCGUGCCGGUCUCCCAGUACCUGAAAGGCCUAAAUGUCCUUAUAUAUUAGAUACUUAUCGAAAAAUGGUUCAACUUGUCGAUAAUUUACUACGUCAUGACAAACUUGCUCGAUCUGUUGAUGGUGUUUAUGAGGUGACUCCUGCAGAACGUGCAGCUAUCGGUGAUCAAGAAAUGUCAUUUCUUUUACCACGUUCACAUCAUACAUCUACUAGUACUAGUAAUACAACAGAUUAUUCCGAUCGAAUCAGAGGACGAAGAUCGUUUAACCUUAUCAAUCGGUCAAAUUAUACUGAUAAUUAUUUAGAACGAGAUGAUACAAGGAGUUGUUUUUCUAAUUGGUCAAAUGUUUCUGCAACUCAAUCCAAAUUCAAACGCUCCUCUUCUUCCGCGUCUCUUGAUUAUGGCGCAGAGGAUGACACUGACUCAAAUCUCUUACCACCUACACCUCCUUCGAUUAAUCAUCUGUGUAGUACUACUUCUACUUGUAAUAACGAUAUUAAUAAUAAUAAUAGUAGCAACCAAUGGUUAGGUAAUCCUGAAUUCCUGGAUAUUUUAUCCGAACUCAAAGAAGAUCCUGAUAGCAGGAAUGAAUUUGAAACACCAACUGAAGAAAUUGAUGAUGAUGUAGAUGUUGAUGGUCUUUUGUUGAAUUUCAUCUCGGAUGAAACACUUAACUAA